UCAAGCCUUAAGCGUCGUCCAAUUUCCGUAAUAUCAUUAAACGGUAACCAAUCCAGGCGUUUUGGUCAACAUUUUUUCGUUUUAGUCGAGUCGCCGAUGUAAUUUUUUGGUCGUGGAUGUGCAACGAAAACAACAAAAAAAAAUCCACGAAAGGGGCCCUCUGUUGUUGUUGUUUUUUUUCAUACUUUUUUUUUUGCUCUCGUCCUUUUCUAUAUACGGUAGCAUUUUGUAAAUUGUGUGCUGUGUGGCUGCCUGGCUGGCAUUAACGUUAAUUUAUUCAAUUAAAAAUUAGCCGGCGAGAUUUGGCGCAGAUCCUUCCUUUUUACGUGUAUACGGUUAUGUGUGUGUCGUGCUGCUGAAAAGUUUUCGCCGUUUUAUAUUAUUUAAUUGAUAAAAGAGUGGCGUUUGUACUCACCCUCGGCCUCCGCGCGCUCGCCGAAUUCGCGUUUUAGUCGCUGCCUGCAGAUAUAACGAUGGAAGACAAUUUAGUAGCGUGCUAAUUAGUUCGCCGACACCGGGGGAAGGGUGAACGUGUUGUAAUUAAAGGCCUAAAAAUUCUGACCUCGCUUUCUCUUCGGCCAACUAUGCUCAAUAAUUUGAGUAUCAUAGGGCCGAAUUUAGUUAGCGGAUCCAAAGAAUGUGAAGAUCUCAAAAGACUCAAUCACCAUCACCACCAUCAUCACAUUCACCACAAUCAACACAACGAUUUGAAAAGUUCGCUGGAUCAUUCGCAUCUGACACCUUCGAUACGAGUAUCAUCUUUCGAUCAUCACGCUGCCAUCGCCUCAGGUCUAUCUUCUGCCAACGGCAACGACGAUAAUAAACCGACCAAACAGAAAAGGCACAGAACGAGGUUCACACCGGCUCAGUUAAACGAACUAGAGAGGUGUUUCUCUAAAACGCAUUAUCCCGAUAUAUUCAUGCGAGAGGAAAUCGCCAUGAGGAUCGGACUAACCGAAUCCAGAGUCCAGGUGUGGUUUCAAAAUCGCAGAGCUAAAUGGAAAAAACGCAAGAAAACUACGAACGUGUUCAGGACUCCAGGUGCUCUAUUACCAUCUCAUGGAUUACCGCCUUUUGGUUCUAUGUCUGAUAGUUUAUGUCCUACUGGUAUGUUUGGUAGCUCUGAACCAAGAUGGAGUGUAACUGGUAUGUCAACGGGUCAAUUUUUUCCUUCAAAAAGCUUAAGCCAACUAAGUCAAAGUAGCAUGUCGAUGAGUAGUUUUUCUCAACUUUCUUCCCAUCAGAAUUCAUCUCUAGCUUCAUCUUUGCCGAUUACGUCGUCAAUGUCAUCGACUAGUUCAUCAGUUUAUCAAACACCUUAUGGUCUGAAUUCUUUAGACAUGUUUCCAGAUCCUGUUUUUUAUGGCCACGAAACGGCCGCGAACAGCGAAGCGUUGAAUUAGCACAAAGAUAUGUUCGACUUUGACAAUACUAACGAUUAUCUUAUACUUUUUAAUAGCGUUUAAACAUACAUUAGGUUACCAAAGAUCUUAAUUUUAUUAUUAUUCUCAUUUUUUUUUUUUUUUUUUGUAAUUAUAACGCGUUAUUUAUUUUAGGCUUUCUUUAUGAUUUUAUUUUACCUAUGUACGAUGUACAGUUUUUAUGUAUGUUGUAUGAUCUGUGUUGGUUUCUUUUUUUUCUUUCUUUUUUUAAAUUUUAAAGAGAUUAUUUUCAUGUUUAUAUUUUUUUGGAAAAAAAUGAGCAUUAUUUUGAAGUUUAUUUAGCUAUUCGAAAAUCUAAAAUUUGUAAUCAGCCGAAACGAUGAGUAAAUCUCUAAAAUGUGUGCUAUAUAUCCAACACUGAUCAUGAUGUACAUAGAUUUGCUGUUCGAUGUUAUUGAAUAAAUUGUUGAAUUUGUAAAUACGCGAAUUUAUACUUUAAAUAUUACGAAUGGAUUUGUAUCAUGGAUGAGUUCUCCUUUUUGAUGUAAAAACGUUUUAAAAAAUUAAAAAAAAAACUUUCAUAAAACAUUCCUUAUUUCAAAAAACCAUGUAGCUUUACUAGUCUUUUACAAGUUCAUUUUCAUAUGAAUAGAAAUCAGUAUUCAGUAUUCAGUAUUAGCCAAAUACCAAUUAAUUGUUGAAUUUGAGAGCAUAAAGGUUUCCUUGUUUGAGAAGCGUUGGAAAUCCGAACGGACAAGUGUUAUAAGUCUCAAUAUCUGCGUUUAAUUUAUAAAAUUUAAAAUGAGUUGAUGCAUCAAUUUUGAUUUUUUAUUUACCUAUUUUAUUUCAGGGGUCGACAACGAGUCGUCUCAAUACGAUUUUUAUGAUGAGUGAAAUUUUCAUUGAUUCUAAGUAUUCAGUAAAUUAAAGAUCGUAUCAAGAAUUUUUUUUUGAAUCGACAAGAUCUUGGUUUAAAAAAAGGCUUACGUUAAAAUACCUAUUUUAAAACAUUUUUCAUUAUGAAUUUGUAGUAAUGUACCUACUUAGUAUGUUGUAAUUACCGGUUUGUGAUAAUGUAAAAAUAUAAAUUAAAAAUUUUAGAUAAUAAACUUUGAUGGAAAUGUUUUACAAAGUAUAAUUUCAUUUCAUUUAUUUUUGUCAAUUUCUCUGCUGUUUUGUUAAUAACAUGUACUUGAGUAGAUAGAUAUUAUGUACUUACAUAGGUAUACUUAUUAUCAUUCAACUCCUUCAGAACGACUUCCAGAGACAAAACGAAGCUAUGUGUCGUGGAGGGAGGGGAGGGGGACUAAAUUUUUUUCAACUUCAUACCCUAGAAUCCCCCUCCCCCAACAAGAUUUUUUCAAGUACCUAACUAGCCAUAGGUGUUUCGAAGAAAUUUUAA